GAAAGGGAAAAAAAAAGAGAGAUGGGAGAAGAAAAAGCCGGUAAGCCGCCGCCGAUCUUCUUACCUCCGGAAUUAGUUGAAGAAAUUCUCCUCAGGAACCGGAGAAUCCUGGCGGCCGUAGUAGUAGACCACCGGCCUGAGUCGCGGCGAUUUGAAGGGGACGAAGAAGAAGAGAUCGAGGUGUUCUAUACACACUGCGAUUACGAUGACGACCUCGCCACACGACCCUCACUUACAUGUGACGGUUUGGUUUGCAUCCCCGUACCAGGUUGGGUCAAUGUAUUGAACCUCUCAACCGGAGAAUCCGUUGGUUUCCCUUCCGGUCCAGAUCCAGUCACCAAUUACUACGAUUACCAGCUUUCCUCAGAAUUAGAAGAACCAAAUGUGUUAGGUUAUUGGUGGAAUAUGUUUCCUGCAUUUUGGGCGAUGGGCUUCGGCAGAGACAUUGUUGAUAGGAGCUAUAAAGUAGUGAGGAUGUUCUUCGAUCCUAACCAUUUUGCUGAGGUUCUUGAUGUUAGCAUUGGAGAAUGGCGUAGACUAUUGAAUCCGCCUCCUUAUAAAGUUGAUGCGAGAAGGAAGUCUGCUUGUGUUAAUGGCUCCAUUUACUGGUUGGAGCUGCAUGACAAGUUUUGUGUACUGGCUCUUGAUCUUCACACUGAAGAGUUUCGUGUAUUCCCUCCUCCGCCGUUUUGCUCAGAGUCUGACCAAGUAGUAAACCUUGAAAACCGUUUGGCUAUUGCUAGAGCUAAUCCAUGGUCUGGCUGUACAUUGGAGAUUAGGUGCUUGGAUGCACAGGAAGAAACAUGGAGCUUGGUUUAUUCUAUUGAUCUUAUGGGUAUCUCAACUCCUCGGCCGCCGAGGGUGUGGUUCAGGCCUGUGGCGAUUUCUAAGCAAGGGAAUGUUUUCUUCUAUGACAGUAAGAAGAGAUUGUUCAAGUAUCAUCCACGGACUAGCUUACUCCUUUGCCUCUCUCCAGACAUUCAAGUUGUGUCUCCUUCCGUCGAGAACUUGGUCUCCCUUCGUCCAUCUUCUUCUCAUCCCACGACAUUCCGGUACCAAUCUGGAUUUCACAAUCUAGAACUCUUGCCACCACGCUACUUGAUUUCCAGAAUCUUUAGGAAGAUCGAAUCUCGGAUCCCACCCUGUAUCUUGCUUACCACUGCUCUAGCAUCUCUUGUAGUUUUUCGUUAUUUUGCUGUUCUGUCUAGGUCUUGAUAUUGUUUAGCUUUGUCAAUUUUAGGCUAAAACCGAUGUUUAUAAAGUAUGAACCAGAGUCAUGGGAACCUUAGAAUUGAAGUCCAAAGCUUUGUACCCGGAGGAGGCAAUUAUGGUUAUGUUUUUGUCUUUUUUGAGAUGAUGUCCUUACAAAGUGAUCAUUGCUGUAUUCUGGUUAUUGUUUCAUGUACUCUGGAUACAACUUGAAAUGAUAUCUUGGUGCUCUAUAUACCA